AACGCACUCAAGUCCCCACUCCAGGAGGUGAAGAUUGAGAGGGAUUUGCCUCUAACGAGGGAGAGGGAAAAAGUUCGUUUUAAGUUUCGUGAAAGCAGAUAGAGAAGUGGGAGAGGACAAGGUAGAGCCUUUCCAGACACACACACACACAGAGAGAGAGAGAGAGUGCGAGAGAGAGAGAGAGAGAGAGAGAGUUGGACCGGCUCGUCCCAAGCGGAGCCCGAACCUCUUUCUCCACUUCCACGGCUAACUCAACUCACGAAAUAGCUAGCGGUAACUCUCCUAAACAACCUCUUCUGGACAAUUUACACAGGACGGGGAAACGAUGACGGUGGCGUGUUGUCUUGUUUGUUUGUUUUUUUUAAAAGAGAGAGAAGCCCAAGAAUAAGUUAGGAAAAUCCGGUUUUCCCUGCUCCAUUACCACCGCUUUUGUGUUUGUAAAUGGUGGAGCAAGUUGUCUGCUGACAGCACCAAUUGUCCCGCACAAGUGAACGUUCCAAGCUGCUGGCUCCCUCGACCGGGAGAUGGGUCAAACCCCACCCCACCCUGACAUUGAUUGGGUUUCAAUGGGGACAGUCGGUCGACCCAAUCCCCGAUCGGGUCGAACCUUCCGAUCGGGAAACUUCGUCACCACUGACCAAUCUCCUGUCGACGAAUGCUUGCCGGUCUGCGAAAAACCAUACUUGCAUGAACCAGUGUGUGGCGGAAAAAAGCAUAAAGUCUUCAACGUUAGUGUCUACUGAUAUGAAAUGUCAGUGUUGAUGAUCCAAAAGCUUGGCUGGUGUCAGUGCUCAAUGUCACAAAAACAAUGCAAUCAAAGCCGCUCAGAUGGACCUGAGAUAAUGUCACCAGCCAGUCUACCUUGCGUCCUGGUCUUCUUCUGGACCUUAAACACCAGAAUGGCAGAUCCCACCGGGCUAAGCUCCGAGUCGACGGGGGCCGGUAUUGCCGAGGUCGACGCCUGCAGCUUGGAGAUAGAGAGGAAGUAUGACAUCAUCCCUGCUGUCAUCUGCUCCAUGUGUUGCCUCUUUGGUAUCAUCUACUGCUUCUUUGGUUACCGCUGUUUCAAGGCGGUCAUGUUCCUGUCCGGUCUGAUGUUCGGCGCGGUUAUCAUCUUCCUGCUGUGCCACAAGGAGCAUGUGCUGGACACCCAGCUCAGUGUGGAGGCCAGCGCCGGCAUCGGCCUCGGUAUCGGCCUGCUCUGCGGCCUGGUGACCAUGCUGGUGCGUAGCGUGGGCCUCUUCAUGACGGGCCUCCUGUUGGGCCUUCUGCUGGCUCUGGCCGCCCUGCUGCUGACUCAGCAGUUCUACACUCCCACCACGGUGUGGGUGCCCCUGGGUGCGCUGCUGGGAUCGGGCAUGCUGUUCGCCGUACUGACGCUGCAAUGGCAAAAGCUCUUCACCGUCCUCUCCACGGCCGUGUUCGGCGCCGCCAUCAUGACGGUGUGCGCCGACUACUUUGUGGAGAUGCUAGCUUUGGCCACACACGUGUACGGGUGCCUGCGCCUCUCGCCGGGCCCGCCUCUCUGCUGGUACAGCUGGGUAAUUCUGGGCAUCUGGCCCGCACUCAGCCUCAUCGGAGUCCUGGUCCAGUGGAAACUGACGGAUGGCAGCUUCUCCCACACAGAGGUGGUUUUAAGUCGGCGGCAGAAGAGAGUGCAGCUGAUGCGCAUUAGAGAGAAGGACACCAGGAAGCGACAGCAGGCAGGUGGGCAGGAAGGCACGUACCGCCGUAAAGCCACCCCAGUGAAACGUUACGCUGGGGACCUUCUGGCACCGAGCUACCUUCAAAGUCUGCGGGACAGACAAAUGGGCACCGGCACCUCCCUUAGCAGCCAGAGCACAGCCAACCACACCAUGAUCGACUUGGACUGUGACACUGGCUCCACAGUGCCCCUAACAGCUACGACCCCUGUCGUCAGGGUCUGAGCACCGUGACCGUUACUAAAAGAGAGAGGGGGGGGGGGGGGACAUUUUGGUUCUGUUCUGAAGAACCUGUGACAAUGUUUUGUUGUUGAUCUGUGUGUGAAAAGAGGAUUACCAGUGGAGGAGGUUGCUGCUUUUUUUAAUUGGGAAAGGAGAACAUUUAAAGCAACUAAAACUGUGGUGCUUCUCAGAGGAACAAAACACUAACCACACAAGGUCCUCCAUUUCCUCUCAUCGUGUAUUGAAUACAUAACAGAGCCUGAGGUGCAUUUCUAUCAGGUGGUACUGUACUUCAAAAGUUAGUCACAUUGUCAUUAAGUGUUGCGUUGUUACUGUUUAACAUUGAAGGAUGUGUGAUUUUCUUUUCUUUAGAAGCAGUGUGUCAAGGAGUGAAGUAUGACUAGAAGUAUUUCAAAGUGAAGCAAAAACUGAACGUUACAUGACAAGAGGUUUUGAUUGUGUAAAAGCUUCUUUUUUGUUUUUGCAUCACUCUGAUUGAUUUGCGUGAAAUAUUUUAGCCUUUGUGUGCUUGUCAAAUGUCAAACAUUAUAAUUUAUUUGUCAUGUAAACCAAGUACAUGGUCGUGAUGAUUUAAAAAAAAAAAAUAUAUACAAAUUGGUAGCUGUUAUUAUCCAUGUUGAUUGACUUUAGGACAGACAAUUCAAUGUGUUUACUGAAUCUGUUCAUAAAUGUUGAUAGAAAUGAAUAAAAUACAUGUGUUUGAUACUUA